ACAAAGCGCCUCAAGAGUGAAGAAGCCCGAAGGGAAAAAGAGGGACACCCCCAAUCACCAACCCACUUGAAAGCAAAGGCCGAAGCGUCUUUCCUUUCCUUCUCUCUCUCUCUCUCUCUCUCUGUGUCUAUAUAUAUAUUUCCUCCCGGCCGGUCGCUUUGAAGGGGAAGAAGAAGAAGAAGAAGAAGAAGAAGAAGAAACCAUUAGAAGAAGGGGGAGAAAUCUUUCACUUUCUUCUUCUUCUUCUUCUUCAUUCAACUUCAUUCCAUUACUGGUCCUGCUUUCAAUGGAGAGUAACACUAACUGGAAAUCGCAGCCUCGGAAUUCGGCUUCUCGCCUCUCGGCUUCCGCUGAGCCCUUCACCUCGAAACGGCCCCCUGCCUUGCUCUCUAAGGCUCACUCGUUUAAGCCCCUUAGUUCUUGUUUUGACCCGGAGACUCCGUCUCUCGGUGAUUAUAGUCCAUUCCACUGGCAAAGUUACACCCCGGAGGCCCUUCCGGAAGGGCUUGAUCUUAAUAACUAUGGAGCCAUUCUUCAUGGCAGCGAGUUCUUGGGCUCAAAUUGCUUCGCAAACACUGCAAACACCGUGGGGUCGCCCUAUUUUGGCCCAAGCAGUGAUGUUGGGGUAAACGAAAAGGAUACUGGUAACUCCAUAUCUGAUCCGAGCUUGGAAAAGGAAGCCAUCGUGCAAGUGAAUUGCUCAUCACUAGAUGCCCUGUUGUUUGCCUAUGGUCACCUCGGAAACUUCAACAGAAAGAAAAGGAUAGCUAACUUUGGACCCAGAUUAUCGAGGGAAGGAUAUGAAGCUCGCAGAAGAUCAAAAUCACUUGACGGAACUCAUGAUAGUUUGAGUAGAAAAUCAACUGGUACUUCCGAAGGAGGGGCUGAACCAAAAUCCCAACCCAUGGAGCAAAUAUCAGCUGAAAAUCCUUCACUCAUUAAAUCGAGCUACCGGAUAACCCCUAUUACUAUUUCAAGAUCAUCGGGCGUGUCCUCCGCUCCCAUCAUCAGCAAUUUUCCAUUGAAUGCGAAACCAAAAGAUCCUGAGGGAUGUGGCAAAGCGGAAGGUUCCUUCAUUCUUGUAGAUAAGAAUGACCUCAACAGUAAAGAGCCCGACGAAGAUUCGCCCUGUUGGAGAGGGACCAUGAACUCACCCAAGUCACCUUUUAGGCUGUCACAAUCUGCAGAAACUAAAUUUCCUGAAAACACAUCUGAAGCACGCUGGACUUUGAAUCCUAUGGCUCCUCACUUCAUUCCGCGAAGUGCAGAAAGAAGGUUGAAUUGGACUGGAUCUUCUGAUUCCGAUGAGAUUCGUGAACUUGGAAAGGAUUCUCUGAGGGACAAAGGAGGCAGCCUCUGUAUGCUUGGUCCUGAAGUGGUUCCACCAAUUCUGGAGGAAGAAAAUAUUACUUCUCAUAAAAAUAUAGUGACUGGAGUGGAUCUUCAGGUUCCUAAGAAUGAUGUUGAGGAUGUUUCAGCUAGUGAAGCUUUUUUGCGCAUAUCUUACUGGCUGUCUAUGUGCCCGAGUUUAGAUGCUGAGUUAGUGGUUGACACAAUGAAUGACUUCUCGGAGUUCCUUGUAAGGAAAUGUUCAGAAAGUCAUGUUUUGAGUGAGCCACUGCUUGGGAAAAUUCAGAGCAUAAUACAAAAUCUUUCUAAUUGUAAUGGAGAAAGGGAUCCAGGAAGAAGCUUUACCCCACCAAACGAGUCUUCUGCUGCUAUACUGAAGAUCCCAAACAUUGAAACUGGUCGAAAAGUUGUGACUGCUGCAUCUGAGCUUGACAAUGUAAGCGACAGCAGGCAGCAGAAGACGGAUUCCUCUCUGUUCAUGAAGAAAGAGUGGGAUUCUCGUACCUUUAUCGGUAAUAUAGGUGCUGAGAUCGCUCAGGCUGAUAGCAAUGCCUCGGUUGCUGGUCUCGAGAUGGACCAGCGAAUGUCCCCACAGACAUUACUGUACAAAAACCUGUGGCUUCAGGCGAUGGAAGAGUUGCAUUCGAUGAAGAGCAGAUCACUGAGGAGCAUGAAAUCCGGGGUGGAAAGAUCAUCUGGCAGAGUAUCGUAAUGACUCGAUUUAUUCCAGCUUUCAUUUUACUCCGUUGCAAAUGGGAAUGAAUAUGUGGUUGCCUGUUGGGCUGUAUAGAUCCAGGAGCUAUCAUACGGGAAGGGGUGUAUAGUCCCUAAGCUAUAUCAGGACUGAAAUACUCGAUCUAUUCCAAGUAUAAAUACUGAUUUCCCACGGUCUUGGUCCGUGCUUGUUUGGUCUCUUGACAGAUUAAGCUAAAAUGGUAUAUAUAUGUUUCUGCCGA